CACAAAUUACGUAUUAUUUCAUUGCGUUGUGUUGUGUUUCUAACUUCGUGUGUAAAAUCAUAUUUUCCUAGCCAAUUUUACCUCUGUGAUAGCCUAACAAUCUAGUUAAAUUAAACGGAACAGAACGCUGGACUGACAACGGGGUUGAAAAUCUACUCGAACGCAUUACAAGGAACAUCAGAACCAUGGAACCCCAACCGAACGUAGCAGAACAGCCUUCGAAGAUAUUUAUCAAUCCAAAGUUUGCAAAAGCGCACAUUAACCCGAUGUUCUUAGCCUCCAAUGGAACGCUAAGGAGGCCAGAAGUUAAACAAGACGAACCAACCCACCACAGCAGCAUACACCUGAAUCCUGCCUUUCUGGACAAGCUAAGAAUUCAACAGGUAUCACCACCAACAAUAGCAGCAUCAGUAGCAGCAGCUGCUGCAACAGUACCUUCUGCCAUUUCGCAACCCCGCGUCAUCACUUCCCUGCCCGCGGUAGGGAGAACUCCUUCCGUAGUGCCUAGUAAACCUGCAUUUACGGGAACAGUGAACCCGAUCAUAAAGAAUACAAGAAGAAAACUGGUCCGUGCCACCACAACCGCCGCGAACGAUGCAAAGCCUUCUGUGGUAGCAAAAUCGAUAGCACCUGUGGUAGCUGUGGCGCCAGCUAGCAGCAGCCAUCAGCUUGCUCCCUUGGUACGGAUCGGGAAGAAUAAGCUUGUGCGGAGCAGUGUGCCUACUGUGAUGGGAAUGGAAAAUGUGAAACCCCGAAUGCUAGCAAGCUCGCUGCCAGAAAGGAAAAGCCUGCGCAUCGAUCGAAGGGUUGCUAUGACGUCAAGGUCCUCUAUGCAAAAGUUGAAUUUCGUCAAGCGCUAUGCAUUGUCGAGGAUCAACGGAAUAACGCCCAAGAAGGUGGUCAUCACCGAUCCCAAGCUGUUGAAACUGAAACGGAAUCCAACGAUGAAAAGUCCCGAAAAACCCAGACCCGGUAAGGGCUCCAUUGCGUAUGCGUCGAAAAAUAAGCAGCUUGUGCUGGUCAACAUCAACGGAGUGCUUUAUCGUUCCUCGACAAACAAGCUACAAAAAUCCGUUACACGAUCUCCGUCAGCGGUGGGUCAUAAAACGCCACCGAAACCUAUCCGUAAAACCAAAGAACACUAUUUGAUUAUAAGAGGAAUGCGCUUUGCGUUGGAUCGUAACGGGAUGAAGCUGCGUUCCGUGGGUAGUGCCACCAUGGAAGCAGCGGCCGCCUCUUCGAAAACCUUCACACUGGAGCCACGAUUAAACCGCAUCGAUAUCGGUGGACUUACGUACAAAGCGCGCAAGGAUGGUAUCUUCAUCCGGACGGACAAUCACAAAACACGGAACCAUCUGAGCGUGGCCAAACAGCGCAGUAUACAGGUGCUAGCGAGUAAGCUAAGAAAAUGUAACGAACCGUGCCAUAUCUACCGUCGGCUGGGGAAAUGUUUGGCCCACCAGCGCGGCAAAUGCCCCAAGGUGCACGAUCCGAAGCACGUGAGCAUCUGCCAGAAGUUCCUGCGCGGCGAAUGCAUACUCGACGGAUGCUUACUGUCGCACGAUGUGUCCCUGGAGAAGAUGCCCGUAUGUACGUUUUUCCUCGAGGGACGCUGUAUGCGCGACGUUUGUCCCUAUCUGCACAAGAAAGUGAGCGAAAAGGAGCGCAUUUGUGACGCAUUUCUGAACGGAUUUUGUUCACUGGCGGACAAGUGUCCCAAUCGGCACGUAUUCCAAUGUCCCGAGUUCGAGCAGAAGGGCAAAUGUGAUCGAGCCAGAUGUCCUUAUCCGCACGGGAAGAAGGAGGUCAAGGGUAAAAAAUCUGACAACCCAUCGACGUCGACUGCAUCGCAGAAGCCGGAAGGGGAGGAACAACAACCUAGACCGCGACCGACACCGACAGUGACAUCGUCAGUUCGCUACUACCAGGACGAAGGACAAUCGAUGACGCGAAACGUCGACCAAACGGGUGAGUUUAGUGCUAGUGAGCGUAACCAGUUGAAACGUAUGCUUGGUGAAGUGGAAAAAAUGAAACAAAGAUACAAAGAGGACAUCGGUGCACAGUCGGAAGGAGGCACGACGGACGCUAAUGACCAAAUUGUAAGUAUACAACCGACAGCAGCUAAUAGUGUUGGUUCCGAAGCGUGCAACUGCCCCUCGGAACCAACACUGGACGAUGUGAAGAAUGAUGGUGAGGCGGUCGAGGAGGAUACCAGACCUCCGGUGUUUCGCCGUAAAGCUAUCGGUACGCUGCCAGCUUUUAUUCCUAUCUGAGCGAUGCGCUGUUGGCUACAACAUUGAUUGAAAACAAAG